AUGGGUGCGUUUGAAAUGCGAUUAUUCGAGGCUGCAAUUUUGCUUUUUUGUUGUGUCUUUCAACAUGGGCAAGCAGCUGAUCACACAGUCUUUGGAUUAUGUGAUGUUGGCGAUGUGAUCUCGGCUAGAAAUGGUUCUCUGGUCGUCAGCAAAGGCAGAGAUUGCACAAGGGUUAUUCUAGCCCCCCGCGGUUGGCGAAUAAAGUUUACACUUCAUGAAAUAGAUAUGUUCGACGCGGUUGCUUUCAUACACGAUGGUGGGACAGUGACUGGUACUCUAAAAUAUGAGCAAGGUAUCCGGGUAUUGCUCGCGGGAAGUAAACCCAUCGUGUUUUACAGUUCAAGCAAUGCACUUCUGGUGCAUACCGAUAGAAUUUCGUCAAAUGGCAACAAGUUUAACGCUACAUUUGAAGUGUUGCCUCACCCCUUGGAUAAAUGUGCUUGCCUGCCUACAGUUAGUGCUCGAACUGUGUGUUCAUUCCCACCGUAUGAUGACACUGGUAGGUUCUACCAAGAUGAAGAUGAGUUAAAGAAAACAUGCAAAACAUCUUGUGACGCAGGACACGAAAUUGUCGAAAAAUAUACAUCUUCUAUUGGAGUGAUUGACACAACCUCAACCUGUAGUUUACAUUUGGACAUGCCAAAUUCGGUUUGGGUUACACUUCCACCUGAUAAGGCAGCUCGUUUGUUCAAUUAUCCCAAUCUAAUUUCAUGUACUAAAGUCAAACCUGUUACUCGAGUUGUAUCUGUAUAUACAUUUACAUAUGCUAACAUAUCGUGUGCUAAACUCAAUAUAUCUGUGAUUGAAAAUGGCGUAUAUAAUUUUCUUGUGAGCAAUAGGAGCACCUCAUAUGUUGGCGAGUGUUAUAAAGACACAUUGGGUAACUGUACAGUCCGACCAGUUCUUUCAACAUGUUACAUGCCAAGUAACCGAAAUAUCUAUGUUGUUAAGAUCCAAAUACAAGACAAUAUCCAAAUGGCUGAAAAUGAGACAAUGACACGAAAACUAUUUGACACUCUAUAUGGGAAUGUUUCAGCUAAUCUUAAGAACAGAGUUCAGUGGUAUGUCACAAAUGAUUUACUUGCUAACAAUGCCACAGCAAUUAAGUUUAAUCCUCUUGGAUCUGACCCAGUAAUACCAUAUACAAGCUGUCCAGCUAAUUAUGCGACUACUGGACAAGGUAACAAUCCAGGCAAUUUUCUACAGAAUUGUAUUUCUUGUCCAUUACACACAUAUAAACAUUUUUUUGCAAUCCUCUAUCAGUCUCAAUGUCAACAGUGCUCUUCGAAGAAACGACGUCUACCCAAUGAGUCCAUGUGUGUUAACGGCACAAAAGUGUAUCCCAAACCUUCAAACGUAAACUGCCUACACUCCUGUGCCCUUGGGAAAUUCUUUAAUAAUGACUCUGGUAUUUGUGAUUGGUGUGAUUACGGUUACUUCCAAAAUUCGACAACUGCUUUCAACCCAGUUUGCCAUCGCUGUCCAGCCGGCAACACAACAGCCUUCGUCGGAGCAGGAAAUGAAAAUGAUUGCAUGCAUCAAUGUCGUAAAGGACAGUUCACAAAGUUUCCUUCUUGUUUUGAUUGUGGUAUUGGGUAUUUCAUGCCUUACGAGGGAAACCGAUUUCCCAAAUGCUACAAGUGUCCACCCGGGAAUACAACGUUAACGGCAAAUGGAACUGGCUGUGUAGAUCAGUGUAUUCUAGGGGAAUAUUUCAAUAUUACCCAAGGUAUGUGUGUGUUAUGUCCUAAUAACACAUACCAAAAUGAAACUACACCUAGUAACAUGCGAAGUUGCAAAAUGUGUCCGACUAACAGAGUUACGUUAUCGACAGGAGCUAUAUCUGUAGAUGCAUGUCUUGGUCCUUGUUCAGCAGGCCAAUAUCUCAAUGCUACAUCCCGAAGUUGUAAAUUGUGUCCUGUAAACACUUAUGAAGAUGAACAUCGAACAAGUUUUAUGUGUAAAAAAUGUCCACAACAUAAAAUCACACAAAACAAAGGUUCGACCAAAAUUUCUCAAUGUAUUUAUCCUUGUAACGAAGGAGAAUUUUUCAACCUCACAAGCGAAGCAUGUGAAAUGUGUCCCAACAAUACCUAUCAAAACAACAUUGGACAAGGUUCAUGCAAGCCUUGUACUGGAAAAAUGUUUACAUUAAAACCUGGUUCAAAAGGAUGUAUUGCCCCUUGCAACCGUGGGGAAUUUCUCAACAAGUCUGCUGAGGCGUGCGAGAAUUGUCCAGUUGGAUAUUUCCAAAAUGAGACCAAUUAUCUAUUGCCCAUGUGCUUGGCUUGUCCACUGGAUUAUUACACGGAUAAACUGGGUAGCCAUGUUUGCACAGCAUGUCCAGAACAAGGGAUAACCAUUGUAACAGCUGCAACAGUUAUGUCUGCAUGCAUUGAGUGUGGACGUGGUUAUUAUCUGAAUAAAACCCUUCGAAGCUGUGAAAAAUGUUCAAAAGGGUUUUACCAAGACCAACAAGAAUAUAGAAAUGAGUCGUGUAUUAAGUGUGCAAGUGCUAACCUGACGACACUUAGAUCUGGUGCAAAAUCCGCAGAAGAAUGUGUUGGUUAUUGUGCGUCAUUGCCCUGUCUUAAUGGAGGCAAGUGUACAAACCUUGACAAUGAUUUCAACUGUACUUGUCUGGAACAUCUCGGAGGAAAACAGUGCCAGGCUAUCCUUGAUUACAAUAAUGCAGACAGGAUGGAAAUUUCAGUCAGAUUCAUCAACUUAGUGUGGAAUAACAACCUCAGUAACCCUGAUACCAGAGACUUUAUGGAACUAGCGAAUCGGAUUGAGAAUGCCGUACGAGGUGAUUUAAAAAACGACACAACAUUCCGUACCGUCAAAGUGGAGAAAUUCAUUCGAGGAAGUGUGAUCAGUAAUCUGACAUUUAAUUACGUUGCUGGCACAGUUUUUAAUAACUCGUUAGACACCUUAACGAGAGCUGCUGCCGAUGGCAAAAUUGGUGACUUAACGGUGAAUUCAUCCUCAUUUAAAAUUGUUAAUUAUACCUGCGGGACACCCCUUGGAAUGGAGAAUGGUCGUAUUCCUGACGGUGGAAUUACUUCUGCAAAUGAAGCUAAUUACCAUCCGUUUUCAAAUGCUCGUUUGAAUCAUAACGGUCCUGGGUGGACUCCACAGGUGAAUCGUAUUGAAGACGCAUUUCUACAAAUAGAUUUUCAGGAGGUUGUUAUGUUAACAGGCAUUGCAACGCAAGGGUCAUCAUACCAAGGUGGUAACUGGUUAGAGUCUUACCAAUUCAACUAUAGUGUUGACGGCAGCACAUGGCUGGAGUAUAAAGAAGAAACAAACCAACCUAAGGUCAGUUUAGGGCAGACUUUUCCAUGUAUUGUUGUGAAGCUGUUGAAUGUUUUGUACUCAUUAACCCAAGUGCCAGGCCCAGGGCUGCAUAAAAUAUUUUAUUUUCUGGGACCACAAAGCCAACAAAAAUAUUUUCUGCAUGCAAACACUGUGAAUCUUUGUUUAAAUUUGAUCAUCACUAAACAAGGUUCAGUGUAUUCUAUGCACCAUUUCAUUAGAUUUGAAACCAAAAUAGACGUAUUUUACCCAGCUAGCAGUGGUUUCUAGCUGAGCUGCUAGGAGAAACUACUGCGAGCAAACGAAUGAUCGUUUCAUUGUAGCCGCCGUCCAGAUUCAUGGACGAAUACAUUAAAUGAGAAACCAGUAAAACAAGUUUGACAAGUUUUUGUUAUUGUGUGCAUGGGUAACUGCUUGGCACUGCUAGUAAAAUGCGAGCCAGUUGUACUAAAACAACAUGAUCACGCUCUAAAUAUAGUAACAAUGCACUACCUUUUACAAAAUAUUAUAACUUUACAAAAUAUUGAAUAAAAUGUUUGAAAUUAUACAUUAAGAUGACUUGAAAACCGCCUAUACAGUUCGACAGAGUAACUAUAAAUUCACACACUACAACAAAAAAUGAACACCUUUUACAGAAAUAGUAGUGCCGUCGUGACAAUCUUUCAUCAGUUGAAAUUUGUAGCGGUUGAGGUCGCGACGAUCAAAAAUUGCAAUAUUGUCAAAAUCAACAAUAAUUGGAAACCUUAUUAUAUUAUUAUAUUAUUUGGAAACUUUGGAAAUUGGAAUUUAUCGAAAACCUUAACACAAAUAAAGUUUGCAGACCGAAUUUAAAAAAUUGAUAUUGAUCAGAUAAAUACAAAAAUUGAAAAAGAUAUAACAGAAAUUCAAAUGCACAAUUUGUAGCGGUGAGGCACCGCGAUUUCAAAAUCUUUUAGAAGUAAAUUGUGAACUGCAUGUAGAAUAAAAAGUCAGACAGACAACAAAGAAAACAGUACUAUGCAGUGCUGUUACAGUUACAUUUUAUUUGUAACUAGUUACAGUUACAGUUACAGUUACGUUGCCAGAAAUGUAACUAGUUACCGCUACAAGUUACAGAAGGCAAAUUGUAACUAGUUACAGUUACAAAGUUACAAUAUAUUUUUUGUUAAACUUACAAGUUACAAGUUACAUUUUAUAUUGAUUAAAAUUAUAAUUUAGACUGACUGA